AUGUCUUCUCCUCCGGUAGGCUUACCAACGGAAAUUCUGCAAAAAAUUGGCAAAACCAUCAGAUCGCUCCGGACUCUCCGUGCAUUAGCCUGCGCAAACCGUCGGUUCAAUGCCAUAUUUGACCCAAUUCUCUGUUAUGCUGACGCCAGAAGUCCCCAUAGCGCCGCCAUCGCGUGGGCCGCAGAGCAUGGAGCCAUGGAGAUCCUACAGAAAGCCCUGGGUUACGGUGCACAAAUAGCCACUACAUCAACCUCUGCUGGAGAAAUAUCCACCAAUGGAAUGCGGAUAAGUUAUGGGUUAUGCACACCAUACCAUUUUUACAACUGCCCUCCGCCACAUCCACUGUGUCUUGCUAUCCAACACUCACAUGUGGUUAUAGCAGAAGUUUUGAUUGGGAGAGGAUGUAACGUCAAUAUGAGAAACCCGGAGGGCCUUACCCUUUUGUGUCUUGCCGUGAUUCAUGGCGAUCUGAAUCUUGUGCGAACUCUGCUUAGCCGAGGCGCUCGUCAAGAUAGGAGGCACGUCGCGGUCAUAAAUAGCCCCAUCCAGAUCGCAGCGUUCCAAGGCGCAAAGGAUGUCGUGGAUCUUUUACUCCACUAUGGUCCUGAUCCGACCCGGCCAAAUACAUCGCAGUUACAAGAUGCUAUUCAGUGUGCACUAGUUGAAGGACACGGAGAUAUUCUUCCACUCCUUCUGGCCACUGGGGUUAGCCUCAACUAUGUAUUCCGGGGUUGCCGAGUUGUUUAUACACCCCUGGUUUGGGCAGUAGAUAACGGAGAUAUUCAACUUCUUCAAUUACUGCUGGCGGGAGGCAAGGCAAACCCGAAUUUUUGGUCUAGGGAUAGGGAGGCUAUACCCUUGCUGAAAGCCGUCCUGGGGCAAUAUCAGGAAAUGGUCCAGAUCCUUGUGGGCCCCACAUCACGAUUACAGAGAACGCGCGCCCUUGCGCUCAGCAUGGAUUACUCUGAUGGGCGAAUCGCUCAAAUCCUGCUAACGAACGGUGCACUGCCGGAUUUUGAAGAAGGCGACCAUUCCACGCUAAAACAGAUCUUUGGCGAUAUUCCUGAUGCUAUAGAUGACAUACUGAUGCCACCUUUAAUUCGGGCAGUCCUUCGUGGACAUACAAAUCUAGCCAAAUUGCUGGUUGCGCGUGGAGCCAAUAUCAAUGUUGAGUACCGAGGGUGGAUUAAAGAGCUUCCGACAUGGGUUAUUGGGGGUCCACUUGCAUUGGCUGAGCAGUUAGGAGAUCAGGAGACGGCAAAUUUCCUGCGGGAUCAAGGGGCAAAACGAGACGUUGGCACAUGGUUGUAUGCGCAGUUCGAGGGUUUGACGUACAGCAGGCUAUCUCAAUGA